AUGCCGGGGUUUGAUUACAAGUUCCUGGAGAAGCCGAAGCGACGUUUCCAAUGUCCUUUGUGCAACAAGGCUAUGCGCGAACCCGUGCAAGUUUCCACAUGUGGACAUAGGUUUUGUGAUACGUGCCUACAAGAAUUCCUAAGUGAGGGGGUGUUUAAGUGUCCCGAGGACCAGCUCCCAUUGGAUUAUGCUAAGAUCUACCCCGACCCGGACCUGGAGCAGCAGAUCCUGUCCCUGGCCAUUCGCUGCAUCCACAGCGAGGAAGGCUGUCGCUGGAGCGGCCAGAUGAAGCAGCUGCAGAGUCACUUCUCCACCUGCGCCUUCAAUGUGGUUCCAUGCCCCAACCGCUGCGCCGCCAAGCUGACGCGGAGGGACCUGCCCGACCACCUGCAGCACGACUGCUCCAAGCGCAAGGUGAAAUGCGAGUUCUGUGGCUGCGAGUUCACCGGCGAGGCCUAUGAGAACCACCAGGGUAUCUGUCCCCAGGAGAGUGUGUACUGCGAGAACAAAUGUGGGGCACGGAUGAUGCGCCGGCUCCUCUCGCAGCACAGCGUGUCUGAGUGCCCCAAACGCACACAGCCGUGCAAGUACUGCGGCAAAGAGUUUGUCUACGACACCAUCCAGAACCACCAGUACCACUGCCCACGGUUCCCAGUGCCCUGUCCUAACCAGUGCGGCACACCCAACAUUGCCCGCGAGGACCUGGCAAAUCAUGUGAAGGAGAGCUGCGGAAGUGCUCUGGUGCUCUGCCCGUUCAAAGACGCUGGCUGCAAACACCGGUGCCCCAAGCUGGCGCUUGGCCGACACUUGGAGGAGACCACCAAGUCUCACCUGACCAUGAUGUGUAACCUGGUGGGACGCCAGCGGCAGGAGCUGCUUGAGUUGCGGAGGGAGGUGGAGGAGCUGUCAAUCAGCCACGACGGUGUGCUGAUCUGGAAGCUGUCCGACUACUCGCGCAAGCUGCAGGAGGCCAAGCUGCGCAGCAACCAUGAGUUCUUCAGCCCCCCCUUCUACACCCAUCGCUACGGCUACAAGCUGCAGGUGUCUGCCUUCCUCAAUGGCAACGGCAGUGGCGAGGGGACACAUCUCUCCAUUUACAUCCGCGUGCUCCCUGGAGAGUAUGACAACCUGCUAGAGUGGCCUUUCUCCUACAAGGUGACUUUCUCCAUCCUGGACCAGAGUGACCCCUCACUCUCGAAGCCUCAGCACAUCACGGAGACCUUCAACCCUGACCCCAACUGGAAGAACUUCCAAAAGCCAUGUAGCACCCGCAACUCACUGGAUGAGAGCACGCUGGGCUUCGGCUACCCCAAGUUCAUCUCCCAUGAGGAGAUCAAGAAGAGGAACUACAUCCGAGACAACUCCAUCUUCCUGAAGGCCUCCAUAGAGAUUCCUCAAAAGAUAAUUUCUUGAGUCCAGAAUGCUUUCGGGUAGGGAGCCGAGACUGAUGGGAGUUCGUCCUUCUAACAACUCUGUAUUUUUUCACCUGAACUCUGCCUCGAUCCAGCAACUCCAUGGGGGAGCUCUGUUCUGGACAGUCUGACCAUGGUGGAUUGGCAGCCAUUUUUUUGGCUGCUGAUCUGAAUUGGACAACAAGAUGAGUCUUUGGUCUGCAGAACCAUCGCUCUCUGCAUAGGUUUAAUUGAUUUGUUUCAUGUUUGAUCUGCAACAGGAAGCCUUGAAAACUCAAUAGUGCCUCGUAGUUUUAAAUGUGUUUGGCGUCUCAGUCUCUCCACGAUGCUGACAUGGGAGUGAGAGCUGAGAGAGACAUUUGGUCAACGUCUUGGGAGAGCCAGCCACCAAGAACGUUUUGAUUGUCUUUCAUGCACCAGUUAGACCCUCACAGCUGUAGAGGGAUGGAUGGAUGGAACCCCACUGAAGCUAUGGACAUUGAAUUGAACACUCAUACACACUUGAAAAUGUGGUUGUUUUUGGUUUACAUGUAUACACAGGUACUCCCUAUUCCAGAAAAUAACAAUGGCUUUUCUCCGUUAUGAGACUGUGAAAUUCAUUGACCACUCCCACUGCUUUUUGCCAGUGACUCAAAUAAGACCUCUCAUUGUGUUCCAGAAGCUUCUUAACCUUUGAGCAAAGAGGGAGGCUACAUUGUUAAUAGUGGGCAGCAGUUCUGGCUCUUUGUACACUGACAUUGGACUUAACAGCCAUGGAAUAGUGGCCGAGAUUCAUCUACACACAGGGUUAACAUUGAUUUUAGCAUCUAUUGCAAAAACUAUUACACAGUCCUUCCAACAUCGUGUUGCUAGUCACAAAAACCUCAAUCCCAUGUGAUAAGUAACUAAUAUGGACCAAUUUACGUUCGUGUGGUCUUAAAAAUUGCUGUCCAUGUGACCAUGCCACUGUCCAUUGGGCUUUAGCUUCUUAAAAUUUUGAGUAGCUGGCAGAAAUGGGAUGCUAGGGCUUCAAACAUACGGUAGCCAUGUGCUAUCACACAUUACCUGGACCACCAUGGGGCACCACCGCCUUUGUGGUAGAGCAGACAAGUGGCCUUUGAAAAGGCUAAGCUGAAGGACAGCUGAAAAAGCGAUUUCUAUAAUAGGCCAUUAAAGGAAUUAUCAGUAUAUACAAAUAUAUAAAUGAUAUAUAUAUAUAUAUAUAUAUAUAUAUAUGUCAACGUAUAUGGUCAUGUAAAAGAACAGCACAUUUUCAGUCAUUUUUACUCGUUUAUUCCUGGUUUGAUUUUUCUAUAUUGCCAGUCAAUUUUGCAGCUAUUAAAAGUUCUGAAGAAUUUUUGUACCCAUAUUUUGCAACAAAAAAGUGAAACAUGGUUUUUACUAGCGGAUGUUUGCAGGAGGAUCUGGGGUUGUGCAUGACAGUUUUAACAUUUCUAUGUUUCGUCUCCUAUAACUGCGUUCUCUUCGUUUGUUCUGUCCUCCCUCCCCCCUUUUAAAUGUCUUGUCUGUAUAGUUUCUUUUUCCGAUAAGUAUUUAUUUUACCGUGUCGCUCCGUGAGCCUGGCUGAAAAGGCGGGUUGAGUAUUUUAACACGUUGAAUGAUGACUGCUUGUCAUGUUCCUCUUUUGAAAUAAAAGCUAAUUGGCUAAAGCGAA